AUGAAGUCUCCGACCAACUACGGGAGUGAGAAUGAAGAAGCGCACUUUAUCCGGCGCGUGGCGGCACCUGACCGCCCCAACAACAAGCGACGUCAGAAGAAGCGUCUGGCCAUCGCUGGAGCCACGCUCGGGCUGCUGGCUGCAUCGGCCGGUGUGGGCUACACGGCCAUGAAGAACGCCGGCUCGACUUCCGCUGUCAAGACGGCCAACCUCAAGGCCGAUAUGUCCAACGAGGCCAAGGCGUUCAUCUCCAAGCUGGGCGACGCCUUCCACCCGGACUUUGAACGGAUCGACCAAGACCACGACGGCAAACUGUCCAAGAAAGAGGUCAUCGCUGAUCUGACCCAGAAGGAGAUGGUCGAUGUCGACAGGGUCAAGGCCUCUGAUCUCCCCGAGGACAUUAAGAAGAACGUGGUGGCGCUCUUGGAGGGCAAGCUCAAGAGCGACAGCGACUGCACCAGACAGGCGCUGGAUCAACGUCAAGCUGCAGUGACCCGAGCGGAUCACGAGAUCUUCUACUAUCUGUUGGACGUCUUCUGCCCCCGAGUUACCAUUGCGGUCACCCCUCCGGAUCAGGAGGAGGAAGAAAUUCCGACCGAGAACCAGCAAACUGUCGAGAUCCCGACGCCCGAUGGAGGUACGACUGAGGUCAUUAUUGUCGGGGAACCUGAAGACGGGAAGCAAACCAUUGCUAUUCCGGAUGAAGAAGGUGGCUACACUACGACGGAGGUGCGCUCAAUUGAGACUCCGACGGGUGAGCAGAAGAUCCUGAUUCCGAACGCUGAAGGCGACAUCACCCCCGUCGUGGUGCCUGAAAUGCCCACCGAGGUGACUGAGUCGACGGAAAACACUCAAGUUGUGGACGUCGUGACUUCCACCGGUGAGACGGAGCAGGUGAUCAUCGUUGGUGAACCGGAAAAUGGCAAGCAGACUGUGCAGAUUCCGGACAACGAAGGUGGCUACACAGAAAAGGAGGCCAAGGUGGUGGAGACGUCCGAAGGCGAGCAGCUCAUGGUCGAGACAACGGAUGGGGACAUUAUUCGAACGAAGAUUGAGCUUCCUGAAGUCGACACUCCUGUGAUAGUACCUGAGGUGCCCGCUGAGGUGGUGCGUGAGGCCGAGAAGACUGGUGAGACCGCGCAAGUGGUUGACGUGGUGACCCCGACUGGCGAGACUGAGCAGGUGAUCAUUGAAGGAGAACCGGAGCACGGCAAGCAGACCGUUGAAAUCGUCGACCAGUACGGCCAGACGACGACGACCGAGUACGGCCAGACGACGACGACCGAGGUCCGUGUGGAGGAGACUGCGAGUGGCGAGCAGAAGCUCGAGAUCCCGACCGAUGGAGGUUACGUUGCUGUUGAUGUUCCGAUGACCAUCGACCAGAUGGUGAGAGGUGAAGAACUUAACCCGUACAUGCCGGAGGAACCUGCUCCGGUUAUUCAGACGGUUGAUGUGGUCGCUGACAAUGGAGAGCACGAACAAGUGAUCCUUGUCGGCGAGGUCGAAGACGGCAAGCAGACGGUCAAAAUCCUGAACGAUGAAGGUGGCUACACGACUAAGGAGGUUAAGGCUGUGGAGACUGAUGAAGGCGAGAAGCUGGUGAUUCCGGAUGGCGAGGGUGGCACCACGGUUGUGGAGGUACCCGAAGUCCCGGCUGAGGUUGCCAAUACGGCGACAGAUGACACACAGGUGGUGAACGUUGUGACCCCGGAGGGUAACCAGGUUCAGGUGGUCGUUGAGGGUGAGCCGGAACAUGGUGAGCAGACUGUUCAGAUCAUUGAUGAACACGGCGAUGUCACGACGGAGCAGGUAAAGGUCGUCGAGACUUCGGAAGGUGACAAGCUGGAGAUUAAGACCGACGAGGGCUACGUUGCUGUGGAGGUACCUGAGGUGCCGGAGGAGGUCAAGCAGGAGAUUGCCGAAGAGCAACCCAGUGAACCUCACCAGGAGUCCAAGUACAUGACCAAGGACGAGUUCCGUGACUGGAUCUCCAAGCACUACGAGGACAAGCUUUCUCUGCUGAAAGAGGAGGAGCAGAAGCUUGAGGAAGAGGCUCGGGCUAAGCUUGGGCGCGUGAAGGGACUCCAGGACUGCAUCGUUCAGGCCGCGAAUAAGUUUGGCUAUUACGGCGUGUAUGAACAGCCACCGCACUUCCAGAACGCUGUGGACUGGAUCCAGAACGAUUGCUGGGUUCAGGACCGCUGGGAACCGGAGAGUCCCCCCGAGCACCCCAUGCUGCGCCGUUAAACGGAGAAGUGAUUGCGACCUCGCCUGUAAAACAGAGGACGCAGCACAUGACGAGGAAGACGAGGAAGGGUGGCGCCUUGCAUGGCUGCAUAUACCUGUGCACCUGUAGUUAGUGACCUGCAUGUGCCUGCAUCGAAGAGUAGUGUCGCGCAUAACACCCAACAGUAAUGUCAAGAGUCUUGUCUUUUC